GACUCAUAUUCUCCUUCACUCAAAAUCACGGCUGUGUAAAAAGGAACUCCAGAACUCCAAACGCUAGCUUUUGCUUCAGCAAUGGCGGAAACCCUAAUCUUCAAAACCCUAAUCUCUCUCCUCAUCUUCUUCCCAAUCCUCAGCAACGCCUUCUCUCCAGAGAACCCCACCGAUCAACGGCUCCUGGUCCUCCUCGACGAUCUCGCCAUCAAAUCGUCCCACUCGAUCUUCUUCAACUCCCUAAGAUCCCGAGGAUUCGAUCUGGAUUUCAAGCUCGCAGAAGAUCCGAAACUCUCCUUGAAGAGAUAUGGGCAGUUUCUGUACGAUGGACUCAUCCUUUUCUCGCCAUCCAUCAAACGUUUUGGGGGUUCGUUGGACUUGGCUGCUGUUCUGGAAUUCGUUGAUUCCGGGCAUGAUCUGAUCAUCGCGGCAGAUUCUUCUGCAUCUGAUUUGAUCCGUGACAUCGCUGCCGAAUGUGGUGUUGACUUUGACGAGGAUGCUUCUGCUGUGGUUAUUGAUCAUACUAGCUAUGCAGUGUCGGUUGAAGAAGGUGAUCAUACUUUGAUUGCAAGUGAUGAUUUCAUUCACUCAAAUGUGAUGUUGGGGGACAAAAAUAUGGAGGCCCCUGUACUUUUUCGAGGAAUUGGUCAUUCCUUAAAUGCUGCAAAUAGCCUGGUUUUGAAGGUUCUCUCAGCCUCUCCUUCAGGAUAUUCUGCAAAUCCAGAGACUAAGUUGUCAAAGCCUCCAUCCCUCACUGGAUCUGCAAUUUCAUUAGUUUCUGUUGUGCAGGCAAGAAAUAAUGCACGUAUCUUGAUCUCUGGCUCGUUAGAUUUGUUUAGUAAUAGAUUGUUCAGAUCAGGUGUGCAGAAGGCUGGAAGCUCAACCAAGCACGAGAAAUCUGGCAAUGAGCAAUUUGUGACUGAACUUAGCAAAUGGAUCUUCCAUGAAAGGGGUCAUCUUAAGGCUGUUAAUGUCAAGCACCACAAGGCAGGAGAAACUGCAGAACCAGCCAUGUACAGGAUCAAUGAUGAUUUGGAAUACUCUGUUGAAAUCUACGAGUGGUCUGGAAAAAGCUGGAAACCAUACGUGGCUGAUGAUGUCCAAGUUCAGUUCUAUAUGAUGAGCCCCUACGUAUUGAAAACCUUAUCCAAUGAUCAAAAGGGCCUGUAUUCUACUGCAUUCAGGGUUCCUGAUGUUUAUGGUGUCUUCCAAUUCAAGGUUGAGUACCAAAGGCUUGGAUACACGGGCUUAUCUCUUUCUAAGCAGAUUCCUGUCCGGCCUUUCAGACACAAUGAGUAUGAGAGGUUCAUAACGGCAGCUUUUCCAUACUAUGGAGCAUCAUUUAGCACGAUGGCAGGGUUCUUUAUUUUCACCAUUGCCUAUCUAUACAACAAACAAUCGUAAGCUAGUUAGUAUUUUCUUUUUUGAGAAUGCCUGUUGAGCAUUGUUUUUGAAUGUUUUGACUAAUGAAAUCACAACCAGUUAUCAAUGCAAUUUCAAAGACGGGUUCUUAAUCAAAUGUCUUCAUCCUUCAUUUCAUCUUCAGUCCUGUAUUUCUCAUCGUAUCCAGCCUCAUUGCUUGAUCCUUCUAGUUGGUUUUGGUUCUCUUUAACCUUAUGGCAUAUCUUCCAAAUUUCUCAAUGAGAGCUGGUAAGGUGUCUGAAUGAUGUUGUUUGAUUUGCAAGUAAAGCGAAGUCAGUUUUGGACA